CCCCACCUUCAACCGGUCAUGCAGAACUUUGGUUCAACUUUGUGAUGUCUUCCCCUGAAAUUGCUUCCCUUUCGUGGGGUCAGAUGAAGGUGAAAGGCUGCUCCACAACAUACAAGGACUGCAAAGUCUGGCCAGGAGGAAGCCGAACUUGGGACUGGCGAGAAACUGGGACUAAUCAUUCUCCAGGAGUGCAACCAGCUGACCUUGAAGAAGUGGUCAAGAAGGGUGUUAAAACUGUGGUGAUUGGUCGUGGCAUGAGUGAGGCGUUGCAGGUUCCAGCAUCCACUGUGGACUAUCUGAAGAAAAACGGGAUCGAUGUGUUGGUGUUGCAAACAGAGAAGGCUGUGGAGCAGUACAACGCCCUGGCUGCACAGGGUGUCAAAGUAGGGGGGGUCUUCCAUUCAACCUGCUGACUCCUGGCAGCUCCAUGACCACACAAAUCACAGGCACAUCCCUCCGUUGCAUCAAAUUACAGGCAAGAGAGCGUGGAGUUCCAGGCCAAGGUGUUUGUGCCCUGACACUGAAAUGCAAAGGCAGUUUAUUAGAUUGAAACCAAUCAAGUGCUUACAAAAGGGGGUUGGUAAUGAAAUCACUGAAUUAUAGAACCAUUUCCAUGCGUUCUUGAGACUGAUUUAACCUGAACACUGUCAUAUUUUGAUUACUUAGCUCUUCACCUGUUUGCUAAAUUAAAAUGCUAAGUUUUGAA